AUGAAACACAUCAAAAUCCGGGGGAAUGCGAAUCUCCGCCAAAACGCCGACGCCGACACCGCUCGGGGCUGGUCCUGCCGAGGUUUGUCAUGCGGCAAUUUCUCCGCACAUCAACAACCACAAUCAUGUUCACGGGUCUUGUUGAAACGAUCGGAAGUGAGAGCUGGUGUUUUUUUCUUCAUUACAUCAAAGACUAAUGCCUUUUCACCAGCCGUUACGGCCCUAGAGCCCCUCGACACCUCCUCAAGUGGGGGCGGGGGAACUUCACUGACGAUCUCCGACUGUGAGGAGAUUCUCACAGAUGCCCACUUGGGUGACAGCAUUGCCGUGAAUGGAACCUGUCUCACGGUGACUGCGUUCGACAAGACGUGGUUCAAGGUUGGCUGUGCGCCGGAGACAUUGCGACGCACGAAUCUAGGAUCCCUGACCAAGGAUUCAUACGUAAACCUCGAACGCGCCGUUUCCGCCGAUACCCGGAUGGGAGGUCACUUCGUGCAGGGCCACGUUGAUACCGUUGCGGAGAUUUUGUCCGUCACGCCUGAUGGGAACUCAAUGGUGUUCCGGCUGCAGCCGCGGGACCGCAGUAUUCUGCGCUAUGUCGUUGAGAAGGGAUACGUGACUCUUGAUGGUGCCAGCCUGACCGUCACCAAUGUUGUUGACGGGGAGGAUGGGUAUUGGGAGGUGAUGCUCAUUGCGUACACGCAAGAGAAGGUUGUCACGGCAUCUAAGAAGCCCGGCGAUCUUGUCAAUGUCGAGAUCGACAUUGUGGGCAAGUAUGUGGAGAAGAGUGUUCAAGGCUACUUUGCUGGUGCUGGUGGAGGUGAUUUCGCUAUCUUGGAAAAGAUGGUCCACCGCAUUGUCGAUGAAAAGCUCAAGAAAUAG